AUAAAACCAUAGAGUAAGUUAAAGGUCGGGAUAAAUUAUAGGGUAAAAUAAAAUAAAUGCAAAUGGAAUGAAGUCGCGAAAAAUUGUAAGAGAAUUUUGAUCAAGUAUUUUAACUUAGUAAAUACUAAUUUAUGGUGAAGUGUUUACAAAUAAUCGUUUUUGGCUAGGAAGUUUGUGUCUUAAUAAAUUAAGGGAUCAUCUUAAAAGGUACUGAGUUCUCCAUCAAGAUUUGUAAGCAGCGGUCCAAGAUAAAAAAAUUAAAUAAUGAAUCCUAACGAUAAACCGUAUACUGAAUCAUUUGCGAAAUAUCUGCAGUCUAUGGUUAAACUGAAUUCUUUGGAAAAAAUGACUGCUGAUUUAGACAAGGAAUUAGCCGAUUCACAAAAUAUAAUGAGAGAAAUUAAAACACUUUACGGUAGCAUUCCAAACGCUCAAGAUCAGUAUCAAUUUAAAAGGUCGCAACACGAAGAACUUGCUAGAUUUGUUGAAGCUGGUUCUCCCAAACUCCUUUUGCCAGAUAUGGUAGUAACAAACAUUGUGGACAUUGAUAAUAUUGUAGCUUCUAUGAAAAAAUAUGCUGAAGAACUCAGAAAAAGUUUAAAUGAAAAAGAAUGCCAUACAAAAUUCAAAACAGUAACCAUAGAAAAAUUGGACUUAACUCCAUAUGCUCUUAGUCUUGAUAAAUUGAGUAAGAGUCUUGCUAAUGUGAAAAUUACCACUGAUGCAAGUGCAAGAAGUGCAGAACUGGAAGGAAAACUAAGUCAACUCUGCGAGGAUGUCACAUUGUUUUCACAGAUGGUACAGGUAAACGGCAGAUUAGGAGAAAUCAUUCAAAAUUGUAGCCAUCCAUCCAACAAUCCUGUGGCUCCAUAUGACAACAUUAUUAAUAAAUUACUUGCUGACAUUAAUGAAGUUACAUACUUGCUAAAAAUUAACUAGAUGUCACUGUCAGCUUGUUAAGUUUGUAGCGUAUCGUAGAUACUAUGUUGUUGUCGUAUAUCUACUACAAUAUUAUUUUACACUAAAAAUGUUCAUACUAUGUUGUGUAUUUUCUAUAAGAUUUUGAUUAUGUGGCAACAUAAAUACAGGACUGAACAUGUAUUUUUUUC